AAUUUAUAAAUUUAGCUUAUAAUUUCCAUAGCUUUUCCAACUCUAAAUUAAUUACCACUGGAUCAUUCCUGCAUUCUCCCUUUCUUGUUUGUAACCUUCCACUCCAGUGAAGCUUAUUAAACAUACAUGUGCCGGGGCCCCAUUUCCAGAGAUUGAUUUAGAUGCUUACCUUGGGCCUGGGCAUCUGUAUUUCAAUAAGCUCUGGACAAGUUGAAUAAUACCAUCGUAGGCUCAUGCUGCCAUGUACUCAUCUUUAUCACAUUUGGCAUGUUUGCCUUCUGACAUCUUUUUAUAGUAUCUUUAUUUGACAUCCUUACUUGAUUAAUGUCUAUCAUUCCCUGAAGACAGUAAGUUCCAUGUCUGUUGUGAUCGCUAUCCCCAGGAAGGGUGCAUAGUAGGUAUUCAAUAACCAUUUGCUGGAUCCAUGAGUGAAAUUACACACAGCAAUAAUGAAGAGGAGAAGAAAAAUAGUAAGAUUUACUGAACCCCUCCUACAUGCCAAAUGCCUUCCUAGAUGCUUUAGAAAUGUUUACCAGUUCAAGGAUUUAAGUCAGGUUUGCCUGACCUCAGAAUGCAAGCCCUAUCUAUAUGUUAUGGAGUUCCUACUGUGGGAAGCCUCUUGUUUCCUGCUUUGCAUGUCACUGGAUCUCCCACUGGCCCUGAUGGAGCUGUGUGGGUGGCCCAGGAGGAGGCCCAAGAGGGAGAAAUGGCAGUACCCAUUUAGAGUCUCACCAAAGCCCCAUUAGGAAAUUGACUCCAAUUUGGUUUGGGGAGAGGAAUGCUUUUUCCUGCCUUUUCAAGCACACAAUGAAGGUGACAUUGAUUUACAAUUCAGGGGUUGGAGAAGGGAAGGGAGGCUUCUGUGGGUAGAGAAGAUCAAUUAAAUGAUUAUCCCAGCUGCUACACACUAAUGCCUUUCUUACUGAGUUUCAGAAUCAGGAAGCAGAAGGCCACCGCAUUUAGCCUUUUACAGGAAAUCUAAUUGCCAAGUUUGAGAUGCCAAGUUUUAUUAGAUUGAGAAGAGUGGAUCUUAGUGGCAGGCAGUUUCAAGCUUAUAGAAAGCUUCCCACUGGCCACCUGGAAUGCCAGAUGACCUCCUCCUCUUCCUUUGUGGGUGCCUUUGCUGAAAUUUUAUAAAUAUAGCACUUUUGUAAGUCACAUCUUUCUAUGAUUUUUAUCUGUGUUUCAAAGGGCUGGGGUUAGAGCCUGGCAAACCAUCACAAAUCUUAUUGGUUUCCUACCAUGUGGGAGGCACUGUGCUCAUGGCUGGGGAUUCUAGCAGUGAGCAGAACCACAGGUCCCUGUUGUUUUAGUCUCCACCUGAAAUGCUCUUCCCCUAGAUCAGUGGGUCCCAAACUGUAGUGUGCAUGAGAAUCACCCAGAGAGACUGUGUGUACCCAGACUGCUGGGGCCCACCCUCCAAGUUUCUGCCUCAGAAGGUCUGGUAUGGGUCUUGAGAAUCUGCACUUCUAAUAGCUUCCUGGGUGAUGCCAAUACUGCUGAUCUGGAGAACCACUGCUCUGAGUCUUUGCAUGGCUGUUCCCUUCUUAGAUCUCUGAUUGUUACUGUCUCAGAGAGGGCAUUCUUGAUUUCCCUGUCUUAGUAUCCCUCCACCCUUCAUCGUUCAUUCUCCUCUGCAUUUUCUUCAAGCAUUUCUUAUUCUCUGAUAUUAGCUUAUUAGUUUAUUGCCAUUUUGUCUCUCUCAAUCCUCAUUCUCAAUAGAAUAAAGACCCAUGCACGCCUUUUCUUGAUCACUGUUGACUCCUCUGAGCCUAGAAAGUACCUGUCACAGAUUGCAUGUUCUAUGAAUACUUGAGUGAAUGAAAUAAUUCCAAGUGUAAUGAGUAUUAUGAAGGAGGUCAAGGGUGUCGUGGUAUGUAACAAGCAGACCUCAGGUGGAGCAAAGGCUUUGCAUUCAACCUAUGCUGAGCAGUUUCUGGGCAUGGCUUAUGCCCAUGAGGCCUUAACUCUGCACACCAACGUUUUGCCCACAAGGUUCUAGGCUAUGGGAUUUUUUGGGAGAUGGCAGGGGCCCACUCUGGGUUUAGCUUUUCCAUAGCCUCUCCAUGGUCCUGUCCACAUUGAAGAAUGGCAAUCUCAAGAGCAGACCAGAAUUCCGUCAGGCAGGCAACCCCUGCACAGAUUGGUGCAGUAAGCUGCCAGGUCCUAGGUGCUUUAGCAUGGCAGGAAGGGAGGCCUGAAAUGGGUGGCCUCUAAUGCCCAUCCUUCUGAUGUCUACACUGGUCCACUUGCUGAGAUCUGGAUUCUGGCAGCCAUGCAGAUGCCCAGUUAGCUUAUUCAAAACAUCUGCAAAGUUGAAUGAAGGCUUACACUUUCUUGCUUUGCAGGAGUGAGACUUUUGGGUAGAAACAUGCAGAUUCCUUUCCUUCAUCAGCCUUUUAGAGAAACAGAAGGGCAGGCACUGUUUUUCCUCCCUUUCACAGAGAGAAUUCCGGGCGAACGACAAGACUCGUGUGGGCUCCUGCAGCAGUGCAGACAAAGGUUGUUAGAGCCCAGCUUGAGAAGGUGAAGGCCCGCCAGCCUCCUGCUCCUGUGUGGCCUCAGCAGCUGCUGCGUGGGUGACGUGAAGCUCGCACUGCCCUUGGCCUAGAUCUUCCUAGCUCAGCCUUUGCCUAGUGUGCAUGAGUGGGGUGCCACCCACUCCCAGGUUUGUUUGCCUGGGGCAGCCAGGCAGCAAAAUUUAUUUCCCUCGAGUGUGUUAUGAAAACAGAAGCAAGGCAAGUCAGAUUAUUUUGGAGGGCAACAAGAAUUUGGAGGGGGAGAUGGAGAUGGAAGAAUUGUAGUAGUCUGGAGUCAGGGCUGAGGGCCAGAGGGCCGCCCAGUGGGCUGGGGUAACAUAAGCUGCCACUAUUCAGGAGGUGGCCUGUGAAAGAAAAUCUCACCACAGCAGGAGCGUGACUUCAGCUAAAAUUAACCUUUGAGGCUUCACAACUGCCACAGCGCUUUGAACUAGACACCUCGAGAGGGUGCAGGCCUUUGACUGCCAGGACCUUGGGGCUGUGGGUCAAGCCAUGCCUAUAAGCAUCAAUUUAUGGGUUCCUGCCCGGGGCCAAAGUCGGGAUUCCUGUGGCCAUUAUAAAGUGAUCUACACGGACUGGGCCAAUCAUUAUCUAGCCAAAUCAGGCCACAAACGUCUCAUCAAGGACCUCCAGCAAGAUGUGACGGAUGGUGUCCUCCUGGCGCAGAUCAUCCAGGUUGUGGCAAAUGAAAAAAUUGAAGACAUCAAUGGCUGUCCGAAGAACAGGUCACAAAUGAUUGAAAACAUAGAUGCCUGCUUGCAUUUCCUGGCUGCUAAGGGAAUAAACAUCCAGGGGCUGUCUGCAGAAGAGAUCAGGAACGGGAACCUCAAGGCCAUCCUCGGCCUGUUCUUCAGCCUGUCCCGGUACAAACAGCAACAGCAGCCCCAGAAGCAGCCCCUCUGCUCGCCGCCUGUGCCCUCAGCACCCCUACACCAGGCUGGCACUCCACAGGGGCCAGCUGCACCCCAGGCCCCGUGCCAGCCGCCCCAGCCAACACCACAGCAGCAGGCAAAAGCACAAGCUGACAUGCAGUCCAGUGCAUCAUCCCAGGACUCACCUCAAAGCAAAAUCAUCCGCUUCACUCUGGGUCAGAAAAAGAUCUCUAGACUGCCAGGUCCUACCUCGAGGGUAUCCACUGCAGGCAGUGAGGCCAAAACACGUGGAGGGUCAGCCACUGCUAACAACCGACGCAGCCAGAGCUUUAACAACUAUGACAAGUCCAAACCAGUCACCUCCCCGCCACCACCAAGCAGCCAUGAAAAAGAGCCAUUGGCAAGCCCAGCCUCCUCCCACCCCGGAAUGAGCGAAAAUGCACCUGCCACUUUGGAGAAUGUCAGCAGCUCCACCCCUGCUAAUAGCGGCGCCUCCUCAGCCAUCCCCCAGCCUGGAGCUGCCCCCAAGCCCUGGCGCAGCAAGUCAGUCAGCGUGAAGCACAGUGCCACAUCAGCCCUGCUUGCGGCCAAGCAGUCCGUGCCUGAGGUCCCCAGGCCCAUGGCCGAAGUCAUGAAGCCAGCUGCCAACAACCAGAAGUCCAUGCUGGAAAAGCUAAAACUUUUCAACAGUAAAGGGGGUUCCAAGGCAGGUGAGGGCCCGGGGUCACGGGACACGAGCUGUGAGCGGCUAGAGAUCCUGCCCAGCUUUGAAGAGAGCGAGGAGCUGGAGGCCCCCGGUCGCUCACCCUGCACGGCGGGCCCUGCUUCCAGCAGCCCUAAGAUUGCCCUCAAGGGCAUCGCCCAGAGAACCUUCAGCAGGGCGCUCACCAACAAGAAGAGUUCCCCGAAAGGCAACGAGAAGGAGAAGGAGAAACAACAGCGGGAGAAGGAAAAGGAGAAAAGCAAGGACCUCUCCAAGCGGGCCUCUGUGACAGAGAGGCUGGACCUCAAAGACGGGCCAAAAGAAGACCCCAGUGGGGCAGUGGUGACUGAGAUGCCAAAAAAGUCCUCCAAGAUUGCCAGCUUCAUCCCCAAAGGGGGGAAGCUCAACAGUGCCAAGAAGGAGGCCGCGGCCACUCCCCACAGUGGGAUACCAAAACCAGGAAUGAAGAGCAUGCCCGGGAAAUCCCCAAGUGCCCCUGCCCCUUCCAAGGAGGGGGAGCGGAGCCGGAGUGGGAAGCCGAGCUCGGGGCUCCCCCAGCAGAAGCCCCAGCUGGACGGCAGGCACUCCAGUUCCUCCUCCAGCCUGGCAUCCUCAGAAGGAAAAGGCCCAGGAGGGACCACCCUGAACCACAGCAUCAGCAGCCAGACUGUCAGUGGGUCCGUCGGGACCACCCAGACCACAGGAAGCAAUACUGUCAGCGUUCAGCUACCUCAGCCCCAGCAGCAAUACAGCCACCCCAACACCGCGACAGUCGCGCCUUUCCUGUACAGGUCCCAGACAGACACUGAAGGGAAUGUUACUGCCGAGUCCAGCUCAGCGAGUGUGAGCAUGGAGCCCAGCCACUACACCAAGAGUGGACAGCCUGCUCUGGAAGAACUCACUGGGGAAGAUCCUGAGGCUCGGCGGCUGCGGACAGUGAAGAACAUCGCUGAUCUGCGGCAGAAUUUGGAGGAGACCAUGUCCAGUUUACGGGGAACUCAGGUCACACACAGCACAUUGGAAACCACAUUUGAUACCAAUGUCACCACGGAGAUUAGUGGGCGCAGCAUCCUCAGCUUGACAGGCAGGCCCACUCCUCUGUCCUGGAGACUCGGCCAGUCCAGCCCUCGGCUCCAAGCAGGAGAUGCCCCCUCUAUGGGCAACGGGUACCCGCCCCGAGCCAACGCCAGCCGGUUCAUCAAUACCGAGUCGGGUCGCUAUGUGUACUCGGCCCCUCUGAGGAGGCAGCUGGCCUCCAGGGGGAGCAGCAUUUGCCACGUGGACGUCUCUGACAAGGCCGGAGGUGAGAUGGAGCUGGAGGGCAUCAGCAUGGACGCGCCUGGCUACAUGAGCGAUGGGGACGUGCUGAGCAAGAACAUGCGGACAGAUGACAGCACGAGUGGGUACAUGACUGAUGGUGGACUUGGCCUCUACACCCGUCGCCUGAACCGGCUUCCUGAUGGGAUGGCUGUGGUGCGGGAGACCCUUCAAAGAAAUACCUCCCUGGGUCUUGGAGAUGCUGACAGCUGGGAUGACAGCAGCUCCGUCAGCAGCGGGAUCAGUGACACCAUAGACAACCUCAGCACUGAUGAUAUCAAUACCAGCUCCUCCAUCAGCUCCUAUGCCAACACUCCUGCCUCCUCUCGCAAAAACCUGGAUGUGCAGACCGAUGCUGAGAAGCACUCGCAGGUGGAGAGAAACUCCCUGUGGUCAGGCGACGAUGUCAAGAAGUCAGACGGAGGGUCAGACAGCGGCAUAAGGAUGGAGCCGGGCUCUAAGUGGAGGCGGAAUCCCUCGGAUGUGUCUGACGAGUCUGACAAAAGCACAUCGGGCAAGAAGAACCCCGUCAUCUCCCAGACAGGCUCGUGGCGGCGAGGCAUGACAGCUCAGGUGGGCAUCACCAUGCCAAGGACGAAGGCGGCUGCCCCAGCGAGCACGCUCAAGACCGCAGGAACUGGAAAAACAGACGAUGCAAAAGUGUCUGAGAAAGGGAGGCUCUCUCCCAAAGCCUCCCAGGUGAAGCGCUCCCCAUCAGAUGCAGGCCGCAGCAGUGGUGAUGAAUCUAAAAAGGCUCUCCCCAGCAGCUCCAGGAUGCCCACUGCCAAUGCCAACAGCUUUGGGUUCAAGAAACAGAGUGGCUCGACCGCUGGUCUGGCCAUGAUCACUGCCAGUGGGGCUGCUGUCACCAGCAGGUCAGCCACAUUGGGCAAAAUCCCAAAGUCUUCUGCACUUGUGGGUCGGUCUACUGGCCGGAAGACGAGCAUGGAUGGGACUCAGAAUCAGGAUGAUGGGUAUCUGUCUCUCAGCUCGCGGACAAACCUGCAGUACCGGAGUUUGCCAAGGCCCAGCAAGUCCACCAGCCGGAACGGGGCUGGGAACAGGUCUAGUACCAGCAGCAUAGACUCCAACAUCAGUAGCAAGUCGGCAGGCCUGCCAGUGCCUAAGCUGAGGGAGCCGUCCAAAACCAUCCUGGGCAGCUCUCUGCCGGGUCUGGUCAACCAGACAGAUAAGGAGAAAGGCAUCUCAUCGGACAAUGAGAGCGUGGCUUCCUGUAACUCAGUGAAAGUGAACCCGGCAGCCCAGCCUGCAUCCAGUGUGGCUCAGGCCACUCUCCAGCCAGGGGCCAAGUACCCUGAUGUGGCUUCUCCCACACUCCGCAGACUCUUUGGUGGGAAGCCUACCAAGCAAGUACCCAUGGCCACAGCUGAAAACAUGAAAAAUUCGGUGGUCAUCUCCAACCCUCAUGCCGCCUUGACCCCGCAAGGCAACUUGGAAUCCCCCUCGGGCAGCGGCAUCCUGAGCAGUGGGAGCAGCAGUCCUCUCUACAGUAAGAAUGUGGAUCUCAACCAGUCUCCUCUAGCUUCCAGCCCCAGCUCAGCCCACUCAGGCCCCUCCAACAGCCUCACCUGGGGCACCAAUGCCAGCAGCUCUUCGGCAGUCAGCAAGGACGGCCUGGGCUUCCAGUCCGUCAGCAGCCUCCACACCAGCUGUGAGUCCAUCGACAUCUCCCUCAGCAGCACGGGAGCACUGAGUCACAAUUCCUCCACCGGCCUCAUCACCUCCUCUAAGGACGAAUCCCUGACUCCCUUUGUCAGAACCAACAGCGUGAAGACCACACUGUCCGAAAGCCCUCUCUCUUCCCCUGCUGCUAGCCCUAAGUUCUGCAGAAGUACUCUGCCCAGGAAACAGGACAGUGACCCGCACCUUGAUAGGAACACUUUGCCUAAAAAAGGACUCAGGUACACUCCCACCUCCCAGCUUCGCACACAAGACGACACAAAGGAAUGGUUACGGUCCCACUCCGCAGGAGGCCUGCAGGACACCGCUGCCAAUUCCCCUUUUUCCUCUGGCUCCAGUGUCACUUCUCCCUCUGGAACAAGAUUCAACUUUUCCCAGCUUGCAAGUCCCACUACUGUCACCCAGAUGAGCCUGUCCAACCCGACCAUGCUGAGGACCCACAGCCUCUCCAAUGCCGAUGGGCAGUAUGACCCGUACACCGACAGCCGCUUCCGGAAUAGCUCCAUGUCCCUGGAUGAGAAGAGCAGAACCAUGAGCCGCUCAGGCUCAUUCCGGGAUGGGUUUGAAGAAGUGCAUGGAUCCUCGCUCUCCUUGGUUUCCAGCACAUCAUCAAUUUAUUCUACACCAGAAGAGAAGUGCCAGUCAGAGAUUCGCAAACUGCGACGGGAGCUGGAUGCCUCACAGGAGAAGGUUUCAGCUUUGACCACGCAGCUGACAGCAAAUGCUCACCUUGUGGCAGCCUUUGAACAGAGUCUUGGAAACAUGACCAUCAGGCUCCAGAGUUUGACCAUGACAGCUGAGCAAAAGGAUUCAGAACUGAAUGAGUUAAGGAAAACGAUUGAGCUGCUAAAGAAACAGAAUGCAGCUGCCCAGGCUGCCAUUAAUGGAGUAAUUAACACUCCGGAGCUCAAUUGCAAAGGAAAUGGUGCAUCCCAGUCUGCAGACCUCCGCAUCCGCAGACAGCAUUCUUCUGACAGCGUGUCCAGCAUCAACAGUGCCACCAGCCACUCCAGCGUGGGCAGCAACAUAGAGAGUGAUUCAAAGAAGAAGAAGAGAAAGAAUUGGUUACGCAGCUCCUUCAAGCAAGCUUUCGGGAAGAAGAAGUCCCCCAAGUCGGCAUCCUCCCAUUCAGACAUUGAGGAGAUGACGGAUUCUUCUUUGCCUUCCUCGCCAAAGUUACCGCACAAUGGGUCCACGGGUUCCACUCCACUGCUGAGGAACUCCCACUCCAACUCUCUAAUUUCUGAGUGCAUGGAUAGUGAAGCCGAGACGGUCAUGCAGCUCCGAAAUGAGCUGAGAGACAAGGAGAUGAAGCUGACAGACAUCCGCCUAGAAGCCCUCAGCUCUGCACACCAGCUUGACCAACUCCGUGAGGCCAUGAACAGGAUGCAGAGUGAAAUAGAGAAGUUGAAAGCUGAAAAUGACCGGCUGAAGUCAGAGUCUCAAGGCAGUGGCUGCAGCCGAGCACCCUCCCAGGUGUCACUGUCUGCUUCCCCGAGGCAGUCCAUGGGCCUCUCCCAGCACAGCCUGAACCUCACUGAGUCAACCAGCCUGGACAUGUUGCUGGAUGACACUGGUGAAUGCUCGGCUCGGAAGGAAGGAGGCAGGCAUGUUAAGAUAGUUGUCAGCUUUCAGGAGGAAAUGAAGUGGAAGGAGGAUUCCAGACCACACCUCUUUCUUAUUGGCUGCAUUGGAGUUAGUGGCAAGACCAAAUGGGAUGUGCUCGAUGGGGUAGUUAGACGGCUGUUCAAAGAAUACAUCAUUCACGUCGACCCAGUGAGUCAGCUGGGGCUGAACUCAGAUAGUGUUCUUGGCUAUAGCAUUGGGGAAAUCCAGCGCAGCAGCGCCUCCGACACCCCCGAGCUUCUGCCCUGUGGCUAUCUGGUCGGAGAGAACACCACCAUCUCUGUGACUGUCAAAGGGCUCGCGGAAAACAGCCUGGACUCCCUGGUAUUCGAGUCCCUGAUCCCCAAGCCCAUCCUGCAGCGCUACGUCUCCCUGCUGGUGGAGCACCGACGGAUCAUCCUCUCUGGGCCCAGCGGCACUGGGAAAACCUACCUGGCCAAUCGGCUGUCAGAGUACCUGGUGCUCCGGGAGGGACGAGAGCUGACAGAUGGGGUCAUUGCCACCUUCAACGUGGACCACAAGUCCAGCAAGGAAUUGCGCCAGUACCUGUCCAACCUGGCCGACCAGUGUGCCAGCGAGAACACCGCUGUGGACAUGCCUCUCGUCAUCAUCCUGGACAAUCUGCAUCAUGUCAGCUCUCUGGGCGAGAUCUUCAAUGGGCUGCUCAACUGCAAGGAUCACAAAUGCCCCUACAUAAUCGGCACGAUGAACCAGGCUACCUCCUCCACUCCCAACCUGCAGCUUCAUCACAACUUCAGGUGGGUGCUUUGUGCCAACCAUACCGAGCCCGUGAAGGGUUUUCUUGGCCGAUUCCUGAGGCGGAAGCUCAUGGAAACAGAGAUCAGUGGGCGGGUGCGGAAUGUGGAGCUGGUGAAAAUCAUCGACUGGAUUCCCAAGGUCUGGCAUCACCUCAACCGCUUCCUGGAGGCUCACAGCUCCUCAGACGUCACCAUAGGGCCCCGGCUCUUCCUGUCCUGCCCCAUCGAUGUGGAUGGCUCAAGAGUGUGGUUCACUGACUUGUGGAACUAUUCAAUCAUUCCCUAUCUCCUGGAAGCUGUCAGAGAAGGACUCCAGCUCUAUGGCAGGCGGGCCCCCUGGGAGGAUCCUGCCAAGUGGGUGAUGGACACCUAUCCGUGGGCAGCCAGCCCACAGCAGCAUGAGUGGCCUCCUCUGCUGCAGCUCCGGCCUGAGGAUGUUGGCUUCGACGGCUACUCUGUACCUCGGGAGGGGUCCACGAGCAAGCAGAUGCCUCCCAGUGAUGCUGAAGGAGACCCCCUGAUGAACAUGCUGAUGAGGCUGCAGGAGGCAGCCAACUACUCCAGCCCCCAGAGCUACGACAGUGACUCCAACAGCAACAGCCAUCAUGAUGACAUCCUGGACUCGUCCCUGGAGUCCACUCUGUGAUGGGGCCUGCCCACGUCGUCUCCUUGUCCUGCUCUGCCCGUACCCUCCACCCCACCCCGAAGAUGCCGUCCUGAGCCAGCCCCCGGCUGCAGCUUGAGAGCUGCAGGAACACCAGGACCCUUCCUCCUCCAGCCUUGUCCAGGCUCAGGCACCCCGGGCCGGCCACCUGCGGACCCCUUCCUCCACGGCGAGAACUGCACUGUCUUCCGUUCCCUUCUGAUUAUUGUUUGCCUUGUUGCUGUGACCUCCCUAAGACUGAAGAUACUUCUCGGGAAAGGAUCAUCACUGUUGAAACAAAAAGGGUUAGAAAAAAAAAAAAAAGGAAAAAAAAAAAAACCCCACUUGAAGCUCUGAAACCAAACAGCAUCGUGCCAUGAGCUGCCCCGAAACAGUAGAAACUGGACCAAACUUGGAAAUAGACAGCACGGCUUCUCCUCAGCACAGACCCUCCAGGCUGGGUCUGGCCGCCAGCAGCCCCAUCCACGCCGAGCCGCCUUCCACCCAGCGGGCCGCGAGAACUGGUGCUAACAACGAGGGCCGCUGCCUCGGUCACACCCGGCGAGGACAGAGCUACGACACAGGGAAACCUUUGAAGAAAACAAACCAUGCUUCCUGUUUUGUUUUGUUUUUCUAAAUGGUGCUCUCCUUACCCGAGAGGUAUUUUGCCCGUUACGAUUCAACUACCCCUUUCAGGUCCGUCAGCCUCCAGUUCAUCCGUGAGCGUGAGUGGGGGAGUGAGAAUGAGCACAAGUAGAGGUGGCCCCAAGCAGACAGCAUGGGUCUGUCUCCUUCCGAUGUAGAAACGCAUCAGGUUCUUUUCUGCAAACACUGUGUCCAGUGAGAAUUGGAGUCUGUUUUGGAGAACGGAUCACCCCUUUAAAAAUGAGAUCGAGUUUCUCCUUUCUCUUUGGUUUUGAAGAUGUUCCUUAUCCACCUCUUGGUCAGAAUCAGCCCUUUUGUGAAAGAAAGAACUGCAGAAGUUGAGUUUUGGGUUCGGUCCUGCUGAGUUUUGGUUUCAGUUGUCCACCCUCGCAGUGCUCCACGCUCACCUCCUGCUGCCGGGCCCGGGGUGUCCUCUGCAGUGGACCAGGACCCCGUCCUCCACACAUGGGCGAGCCGGGACCUUGCCUUGCCUUCUCGUCCUCCGGGCUCCAGAGUGCACACCGACACCCGGGCGUGCCGGCCCCAGCCUCAGGUGGGUGGUGAGGUCAUCUCGCAGAAGCCUUGCACUUUCCUCACAACCAGCGUGGCGCAGCUCAGCAAGCAGGGGCGCCCACUUCCAGAAGCCCUGCCUCAGCCUCCGUCCAGACAAGUCUUGCCUGACCUCUUCGGUGCUGAUCUUCCCAAAGCGAUGCCUUACUGAUGUGUACUGACCAUGUUCCCUUUGGAGUGUCCUGCCUGCCUGGGGUCCGGGUUUUGUUUUGUUUUCCCCGUCAGAGCAAACAGGGCUAAAAAGUCAUUUACUCAUUAGGAGAACUCAAGUUGCUGUGACUUUUCUCACCCAAAAGACUCAUUUGUGUGGUUGUGUGGCCAUGGGAAAAAGAAAAAGGGAAAAAAAGAUUCAUUUUUUUAGGUUUUUAUUAGUCUCCAGCUAUCACCCUGGCUGGAUAAUAAUACGUCUUGUGCAGAAAAAGGCAAAAAUUCCAACAAGUGUACGUGACUUUGCUGACCCAUGCCCUGUUAGGAUGUCUCUUCAACAUCCUGGUAUUUUCUUUGCGGAGUGUGGUAAAUCUUUGAGUUGUUUGUUUCUGUUUUAUAAAGAGAAUCUUUAUUGGACCCCAGAAGGGGUCUCUGUUAAUGAUCAGGGUUUUUAUUCCAUCUUUUAUGUUUCUGUUUCUGAAGGUGCAUCCCUCUACAUUUAUUCUUAUUUUCUUGCCAUAAGAACUUGACCUGAAACUGCUCACAUUACAUUGAAUGACACCAUUUUCCUCCUCCUUGAAAGGAAAAGGGGACUCUGUCCUACUAACUAACUGGUGAAUGGAAAACCUCUCAACAUUGUCCCUGCUUUAAUCUCAGUAAACUCAGACUCUAUUCUGCUGAGCCUGCAUUGGUCGUCUGGGUGUAUGAGUGUAUCUUGUUCUCUCUUGUGUUUCAUGAAGUUUUUAAACCAUAUAUUUAGCCUGUGGCCAUGGGCCACACCCUGAGCCUUCUGGUAAACCUGAAACGUGGUCCUUGUCAAUUUAUCUCCUGACCAUGACCUUACAUGCUCAUACUGUGAAUUGGGAGGAGGUAACAUUGACUUCUCAUGGGCAAUUUUCCCAGUCACCUUGUGAGUAGACACCUAACCAAUAUUGUUUGAAACUUUUUUUUUUUUUAGUGACACCCUCUGCUCUUCCUCCUCUUCCCUGUCCCACAGGCUUCCCUCCCACGGGGUCCAGGCUCAGAACCAAGACCUCGGUCCCUGGUGCUGCCCAACUAGUGAACAGUGAUUUCAGUAGUGUAGCCCUUGUAUGAUUCACAACUCAGUGUCCUUCCUAAAGCUUCGGGAAGCAGGGUUGUCUGAUAGGCACAUUUCCUAUUUGGGUCAUCUUUUACUUAAGUGUCACUCACCUUUGGCAAAGUGACUUUGUACUCAUUUAGGGCUCUGUCCGAAAUGCUUCCAGUUUGCCUUUUUCUACAGUUAGGCUAACUUUGAAAUGUAUGAAAUUCUAUGCAACACUUACAUUGAGUUACCAAUGGAAGCCAAACCUUUUCUUCCCCAGCUGCCAAGAAUUAUACAGGCCAUAAAUGAGAUGGGAAUACCUUUUAAUUUAAGGUUGGGUUGGGGGGGUGGGUAAGGGUGGGACAAGGAACAAGGCUUGCCUAGACCUUUGUUGUAUCUUGGGGACAUUUAAAAAUUUUAUUGUUGAUACUUCAAUUUCAAAAUUCUGUGUAUUCAAAUUUGAUCAUGGCGAAUCUAUUUCAAAAGACAAAAAAUAAUCCAGCUUUGUGGAUAUUAAAUGGAAGGUUUGCUGUCUUGAUCCAAUUGUUUCCAGUGGAGCAGUUUAUGAAAUAUGUUCUAUAAGAUGUACAUUUUUUCAUUGUAACAUAAAAAUUGUAAAUAAUUGAUUAAAGUGCUGCAUUUUGAUGAAUUUUUUCUAGCCAUUUUUAAAGAGAAAACUAGGAAUUGAGUAUUUUGUGUACGGUAUGUUUCCAUUGUCCCUCCCCUUCCACCAAACCUCCUUCCCUAUUUAAUUUUCAUUUGUCAUGAGGUUUUUUGAUUUGCCAAUGAUCUGCUGGAGAUCAUGUCCCACGUCAUAGAGAAUAAAGCUGAUGAUUGUACCAGUCUUAAAUUAUUCAUGAUUCAAUAAAAUUGAUGCUUAUUUAUUCA